CAAGGCGCAAGUACACUCAAAGGAGCACACCUCAACUUAGCUUAUAGGUCGCGUGGGUGCGGCAAGCAGGCGCGUAUCGACGUAAGAAUACACGCGUUAGAAUUCCCAGCGUCUUCUCUCUCGAUCAAGGUCUAUCUCUGCUCCGUUGGACGUGUUUGGUCCAGUGUGAGCCCCGAAUAAACAAUCUCUCCAUCCUGCCACUAAUUAUGGGAGGCGAGUGCGUUCCGGAUCAUUGCCGCGAGUGUGGAAGCAAGGACGUCGUGACGGACUUCAGCGCGGGUGACGUCGUGUGCCGCGGCUGCGGCAUGAUCCUCGGUGAGCGCAUUAUAGAUGAUUCCCCCGAAUGGCGAACAUUUGCUAAUGAUGAUCGGGGUGGUGACCCCGCUGCGAAAUCCAGGGUCGGCGACGUCGCGGACGCGCGGCUGAACAGCCUCUCGCUGUCCACGUAUCUGGUCGACCCGAAGAAGGGCGGCGGGGGCGCUGACGGCGAGCCGGGGCGCAAACACAAGCGCCCCAACAUCUCGUCUGACAGCGCCAAGGUCAAGAGGAUGCAGCGUAAUAUGGCGCGCAUCCAAGAAGUUGCAGAUUAUUUGUCGCUGCCCAAGAAGAUUGUGGAGAUCGCGUUGGACGUAUAUGCUGAAGCGGAGAAGCAGGGCGUCAAUAUGCGAGGACCGGAACGAGAGAGUAUGGCCGUCGCCGUGCUGUUUAUCGCGUGUAGGAAGGCUGGCAAUGCUCGAUCAUUGAAGGAGUUUGAAGAAGCUUCUGGAAUCCCGAAGCGACGUAUUGGCAAGUCGUUUAUGAGCUUGCAGCGCCGCUUGGAUCUCGAAGUUAAACAAGCAACGACGGAGGAAUACGUGCAGCGCUUCUGCUCGAGACUGGGGCUGCCAAACAAGACGCAGAUGAUAGCUCAUACGGUGGCGAAGAAGGCAGAUAGUCUCGAUUUGUCCAAUGGACAGCCGCCUGUUGCAGUGGCAGCGUCGGUGAUCUACCUGGUGGCAGCUUACACGAACGCAAAGCGCUCGAUCCAGGAGAUUAGCGACGUAACGAUGAUUGGCGAGAAGAGCAUGAAGAGAGUGUGCAAAGAGCUGAAUAAGAGUCGCAUGGUGCUUUUCGAAGGCGUGGUGAUGACUUAGAUCAAGACCUCGUAAGUAAACAGAAGAAGGACACACGCAGGUUCGUAUAUAUUUAAUGGGGGGACACACACCUCCUAUUUGCAUGCCUCUUCUUGCUGCUAGGUCGCGUUUAGAUAGACAUAGAGAUAGACAAUAGAAGAACUGGAUGCGGCCUUGAUGCACUACUGACUGUGGUGUAGGACUGCCGUUGUUGUACAGUACGUUGUAGUAUGUUAUUGACUUCCGACGCUUUUGCUUUUGGAAAACUGUGUUCUCGUCUCACUCAUACACUAGCUGAGCGAUUUCUAUCCACGAUGUAUGUGUUCGUUGACAUCUCUUGAGACUCCAGACGACGC